CAAGUAUGUAUCUUUCUCCAUCGUUUCCGAUCAGCUUGUCAGAACGUUCUGGUUCUUCUCCAGAAUGAAACAUUCCGCCAAAUCCACGCGGCCAAUAGAUCCUAGAAACCAUGUGGCUCCGAAGAGUCGGCUUCGCCAGUAUAAAUUUAGGUAGUAUUAUCUACCUAUCCUGCGGGACUUUCAACUCUGCAAGCAAAACGCCAGUUACACUUACAAGUUCUUCUUCGAGAUGGCUGUCGUAGACAGCUUCGACUAUGCUCGCCCCUCUAUGAUGACCAUAGAUAUCAUGGCCCAUAGUACACAGCGCCAUCCACUGCCGCAGUUCCAGUCAAGGUUCAGCCGAAAUACUCAAUGGCGAAGCCGGAAGCAGAAACCGUCUGACAUCUUCUCGUACUUAGCCAAGAGUCUAUCUAAAAGAACCUUACGUCAAUAUCUCGAUGCCAUCGCCGUACCGCUCCCACUAACAAAGGGGCACUGCCAUCUGGAGCUCCUACCCCAAGACAUCAUCAACCGGAUAUCCCAGUAUGUCCCGUACGAGAGCCUGAUAUAUCUCUCCUGGGUGUCGAAAGCACUCAACAGGAUGGUCGACCCUUAUUUGGCCCCCCACGAGACGAAGCUUGCGUUCGUGAUCCGGGCCGAGCGGGAUUUCCAUCGGCACUUCAGCGGAGAAUGGCCCAACCUAGGCUGCUUCAUGUGCUUCAAAGUGCUGCCCGCGGACCUCUUCGCCGUUGACCAGCCGCUGCAAGCCGAGCUACGAAGGUCGGCAGUAGACGAGCCCGUGAUCAUCGAUCUACGGCGGUUCUGCAUCGGAUGCGGGAUCCAGUCGGGCUUGCACAAGGCGGGCGAGGAGUUGAACACGCGCGUCGGCGGGCGGUUCUGGAUAUGCAACUGCUUAUGUAUACUCGGCGACCAGACACUCGUUUGUAGGGACUGCGGUACCGUAUGUCAGCUAAAGCCGAAGAGGUUACGAGGGAGCUAUUAUUGAAGACUCGCUAAGUUGAAGGUCUCAACAUAUCGCAUAUCUGAUUAGAUGAAGUAAGGUGCUUUAUCGGCGCAAUGAUGUUAUCUGAGCUGGAUAUGUUAGGGGUUUUUGGUGAAUGGUUAGUUUGCAUACUGGUGGAUAGCAACGAGCGCGUUUUACUUUCGAGGGAGGCUGAAAACUGUGAUUUACCUGGAUAUUCAAUUGGAGGCUACCUGUCUUACCCGACUACCUAAGUAGAUGUUUUUGUUUUUUAUGUGAGGUAUGAUGAUAUAAAUUAGUUGCUUACCGUAGUCACUCAGCCGUGCCCGUUUUUUUGUAUCUGCGUGACUUGACUGUGAUCUACAUUUUGGGGCGUGAAGAUCAGCCUCUGAACUUAGCCAAUGUGCACUUAUAUAGGAAUGAGUACAAGACUCCUCGUUACCUCUUUAUUAUUAUCAACGUGGGUA